AUGGUUGAUCCAAAUGAUUCAACUGUAGAGUCAACUACAUCAAUAAGAAAAAAAGCUAAUAAACAAUUGGGAUUAUGGAAAGGUGAAGAAGAGUUAUUAAAUUAUACUGGUCUUUCCAGGAGAUCUAUAGCUGCAUUGAAGCAAAGUCAAAUUGAUGUAGCAGCGAUAGAAGCCUCAAAUAUACAAAAUACUGACGACUCCGCUACAAUUGUUCCAAAGAAAAAUGAAACUAAUAAAAAGACAUCAAAAAAAGCGGCAAAACCAAAGGCAUCAGUUUUAAAGAAAAAUACAAUUAAGGCCAAAAAAUCAGUAAAAAAUAAUAAAGAUUCAGAUUCAGAUUCAGAACAAUCUGAUGUUGAGGAGGAAGAGAAUCAAGAUAAUGAUGAACAAGAUUCUGAGGAAGAGGUAGAGGAAAAACAGACCAAGGGUAAAAGAGGCAGAAAAAAGAAACAAGCCAUUAAACUCGAAUCUGGAUCUGAAGAUCAUGACAAGGAAGGCGAGGAAGAUGAAGAGGAUGAUGACUAUGAGGGUGAAGAAAAUGAUGGAACAACCAAAAGAAAGCCAAGAGCUAAGCUUCAAACAAAAAAGCCGACAACAGUUAAAGAGGAAAUCACCCCAACUUGUACAAUAGAUUCUACAAUAUCAGAUGGUAAAAGGAAAAGAGUUCAAAUUCAACCUAUGUUACCACCAAAAAAUAAUAUAAGAAAGGCUCCUGCUAAAAAGAAUAAAACAAAGGUUCAAAAUAAGAAGCUAAAGCCGCUCGAAUCAGAAGAAUCGGAAAAUGAAGAGAUGCAAGACCAAUCCGAGGAUUAUGAGGACAAUGAAAGUGAAGCAAACUCCAAUGAAGAGGAUGAAAAGGCUAUUGAUUCAAGUGACGAAGAAAUUGAUAAAUUUAAACAAAUGGAUGGUGAUCAAAGAGUUCAGAAAGAAUUUUCAAUUGAUAAAAUUUUAAACAAAAGAUAUGUAAAAAGAGUUGUUGAUGGCAUUGAUGAAGAAGUUUUACAAGUAUUAAUUAAAUGGAAAGACCUUUCAUAUAUUCAUUGUUCUUGGGUCGAUGCAGAUAAACUAAAUCAAACCAAAUCAAGUAAAAUGAGAUUGCAAAGAUUUAUUCAAAAGGUGGACGAUGAAGACGAUGAGGAUGUUGAAGUAGUUGUUGAGUUAGAAAGUGGCAAUUUUCCAUGGGAUGAUUUCACAGAAGUUGAAAAGGUACUAGAGGAAAGAACAGUUUCACCAUCAUCAAACAAAUAUCAAGCCGAUAAACAGUUUUUAAUUAAAUGGAAAUCACAAAGUUAUUCACAAUCUACAUGGGAGUUCAAGGAUGAUUUUAAAGAUGAUAUUAAAAUCGAGUUGUUCCAAAAACAAAAUACAUUUCCAACAGAUGAGGAAUUAGCAAACGCCAAUAAACCAAGACCACCAGCCUCUCAAUGGAAGGAGUUAACUGAAAGUCCAUCAUACUUUUUAAAGGGCAAUAAAUUAAGACCAUAUCAAUUAGAAGGUUUAAAUUGGUUACGUUACUGUUGGUUCAAUCAAAGAAAUUCAAUUUUGGGUGAUGAAAUGGGUCUUGGUAAAACUGUUCAAAGUGUUUCAAUUUUAGAAACUUUAAGAAAAGCACACGAUAUUCGUGGCCCAUUCUUAGUUGUUGCUCCACUCACAACGAUUCCCCAUUGGAAGCGUGAAUUUGAAAACUGGACCGAUAUGAAUUCAUUGGUUUAUCAUGACACUGGCGCCGGUAGACCAAUCCUUAGAAACUACGAAUUUUACUUUAAAGAUAAGAGUGGUAAACCAACCAAUGUCGUCAAAUUUAAUGUACUUAUUACCACUUAUGAAAUGGCCAUCAGCGAUCGUUCUUAUCUUUCAAAGAUCAAAUGGAAAUAUUUAGUAAUCGAUGAAGCUCAUCGUUUAAAGAAUAAACAAUGUAAAUUAACAAGCGAGCUCAAAACUUAUCAUUUUGACCAUCUUUUGCUUUUAACUGGUACUCCACUUCAAAAUAAUACUCAAGAAUUAUGGGCAUUACUAAACUUUUUAGAGCCAUCUAAAUUUAACAAACUUGCAGAGUUUCUUGUAGAAUUUGGCGAUCUCAAACAAGCCGAACAAGUCUCUAAAUUACAAAAUCUUUUAAAACCAUAUCUUUUGCGUCGUAUGAAAGAAAGAGUCGAAAAAUCUAUUGCACCAAAAGAAGAGACCAUUGUGGAAGUGGAGCUUACUAUGGUUCAAAAGAAAUAUUAUCGUGCCAUUUAUGAAAAGAAUUUUGCAUUUCUUAGAAAGAAUUGUAAGGGUCAACAGGGUCCAAGUUUAUUAAAUAUCAUGAUGGAAUUAAGAAAGUGUUGUAAUCAUCCAUAUCUCAUUAAAGGUGUUGAGCAUUCAGAGACUAAUGAAAUUAGCGAAAAGGACGAGGUUUAUACUAAAUUAAUUCAGGCCUCUGGUAAGUUGGUAUUGGUGGAUAAGCUUCUACCAAAGCUUAAGGCUGGUGGUCACAAGGUUUUAAUUUUUUCACAAAUGGUUAGUGUAUUGGAUAUUCUCGACGAUUAUCUUACUUUUAGAGGCUAUCCACACGAAAGAAUUGAUGGUUCAAUCAAAGGUAAUGAUCGUCAAGCUGCUAUUGACCGUUUUUCAAAACCUGACUCUGAUCGUUUUGUUUUCCUUCUUUGUACUCGUGCCGGUGGUAUUGGUAUUAAUUUAACUGCAGCUGAUACCGUUAUCAUUUUUGACUCUGAUUGGAACCCUCAAAAUGAUCUUCAAGCCCAAGCCAGAUGUCACAGAAUUGGCCAAGAUAAAAUGGUAAAGGUAUACCGUUUAGUUACUAAAAAUACUUAUGAAAGAUUAAUGUUUGAUAGAGCCUCUAAAAAACUUGGUCUUGAUCGUGUUGUUUUAACUAAAAUGAAUUCUUUAAAUCAAACAAGUAAAGAAGAAGUACCAGAUAAAGAAACAAUUAAUAGUUUAUUAAAAUAUGGUGUCUAUGCUAUAAAGGACGAAGAAAAUGCAAACGAAAAAUUUUAUGAGGAGGAUAUUGAUCAAAUUUUAGAUAGAUCAACAGUUGUAAAUACCGAAGUAGUAGAUCCAAUGGCAAGUAGUUUUUCAACAGCAAGUUUUUGUUCUUCAUCAGCCCAGCCACAAAUUGAUGUUAACGAUCCAAAUUUCUGGGAUAAAUUUGUACCUGAAUUGGAUACCAAAGAUGAUUUAAUUUUACAACCAAGAAUUAGAAAGAAUGUUCACAGAUUUGGUACCAAAGAUGAAGAAUCAUCAUCUGAAGAAUCAGACCUUGAAGCUGAGGAUGAGGAUAAUGAUCAAAAUAAAGAUAGCACAAAUACUAAAACUUGGACUGCUGGUGAAAGAAAUAAAUUAAAAUCUGCGUUAUUAUGCUUAGGUAGUGGUAGAUGGAAUACAAUCAAGACUGUUGCUGGUUUAAAACGUUGGACUGUUGAACAAAUUAGAACAUAUGGCCGUGCUUUUAUUCAUAGGGUAAUCACAAAUUUUAAUAACGAUAAAGAAGUUGCCGAGUCAAAUAAACUUAGUUUAGAAUUAUUAAAUGCAUUGGUCGUUGAAUUAGAACCUGCUAUUCACAAAUAUUAUAUUGAAAAGAAGGAAUUGCAAUUUAAAUUAAAACAAGAAAAGGAUAAAGAAUUGGCUCAAAAUACAAAUGUGGGUGAAGAAAAAGUAGAUGGAGACCAAUCAAAUAAUAUUAAUAAUAACAAUAAUAAUAAUAGUAGUGAUAAUAAUAAAAAUAAUGAAGAUGAAAAAGUUAAAAUGGAUAUUGAUUCAAACGAAUCUUCAGUUGCAACUACAUCGUCGACGACAAUUGAAAAUAAUACUACAACCACCACAACCACCACUUCAUCAUCAUCACCAUCACCAUCACCACCAGUGGGUUCAAUCGAAGACCAAGUAACAAAAACCACCACUAUAAAUAAUACCGAAUCAGCUAAAGAGGAAAUUGAACUAUGUAGAGAAUUUAACGAAAGUUCAGAGGAUAAAGGUUUUAUGGAGUUUAUUAAUCACACCACAUUUAAUGAUCACUAUUUUGCAGAUUAUUUAAUAAGAAAUACCAAAAAGAUUGCAAGAAAAUUACAUAAUAUGGCCAUGGUUGCUCAAGUAUUAAAGUUAGGUUAUCCUUUAAUUGCAGAAAGUUUAGGUGAUUUAUCAGACCCACCAUUCCCAUGGUGGAGAACUAACCUCGAUAAUGAUUUAUUAAUUGGUACAUAUAAGCAUGGUUUUGGCGAGUACGAUUUAAUUAGAAAUGAUCCAGAGCUUUUAUUCUCAAAAUAUAAGUGGAAAUUAUCAGUUGAAGAUAUUCAAGAAGAAACAGAAGAGUCAUCCACAAAAUCAAAGGAUAAUAUCGAUACUGCUCCAGAUGGAGGUAGUGAUACUACCAGCACCAGUACUACCAGCACCAGUACUACUGAAGAGCAUAAUACAGACGAGGCUAUUAAAUGGCCAUCAUCAAAAGUUUUAUCACAUAGAGUUAAAAGAUUAUUAAGAACUAUGGAGUUUUAUAAAAAUAAAUUGGAAAAAGAUUCAAGAGUUGAAAAAAAGAAACAAGAAAAAGAAAAGAAACAGGAGGAAAAAUUAAAAAGACGUCAAGAACCAAAAGUCGAGUGGACCAAGCGUGAAAAGGAUUCGUUCUAUCGUUGUAUAACAAUUUAUGGUAUCCAAGAAGAAACAAAGGGUGAAUUUAAUUGGGAUUUAAUUAAAGAAAAAGCCUCACUAAAAAAGAAAUCAUCUGAAUUGAUCGAACGUUUCUACUUUGAACUUUAUAACAAAUGCGAGCAAGCCAUUCUUGAGGAAAAGAAAUCUAAAGCAAAUACCAUUUUCAAUACUAAAGAGCAUCAAAAUCAAUUAAAAGAACGAGAAAGAGAAAAGCAUCAUAGCGAUAAUCAAGAUAGUAAUUUAGAUGAUGAAGAUGAUGAAAAAGAAGAAAAGGAAGAAAAAGAAGAUAAAACUGACAAGAAGGAGGAUUUAUCCCUUGUUCAAUGUAAAAGAUUUAUUUCAAGAAUUCAAUUCUUUAAUAAACUUCGUAACAAAGUAUUGAAAAUAGAAGAUUUAGAGAAUACCCUCAAAAACGUUCCAGUCCCACAUCAUGGUUUCCCAAGCUGGUGGAAAACACCAUAUCACGAUAUUGCUUUGCUCAAAGGUAUUGCAAAGUAUGGCUAUUCCCAGUUUGAAGAUAUUUGCAAUGAUCAAACUUUACCAUUCCAUUUAGUUGCAGAUUCAAUUAAAAAGUCAUCUGAUACCACCACAAAUAGCGAAGAUGAAAAGAAGAGAAAGAGAAAAGAAAAUAUGCUUGAUAUUAUAAAUUUCCCAAAAGAUAAAGCAAUUGCCAAACGUUUAGAAUAUAUUGUAAAUUAUGCUAUGAACCCACCAAAAAUAACAAAACACUCAUCAUUCGAUAUAAUUUCACAUCGAAAAGAAAAAGGAGGGGUGUUCUAUAUAAGACCAAGUAGUAAUAAUAACAACAAUAAUAACAAUAUUAAUAAUAAUAACAAUAAUAACAAUAAUAACAAUAACAAUAGUAGCUAUAAUGUAGAAAAGAAUGCAAGUUUAAACAUUUUAUUGAAUUCAGAAGAAGUCUCUUCAGAUAAUGAAGAUAAUAUUAAAUUCAAUAUUCAAGACAAUCGUAAUUCUAAAAAAAUUAAAUCAUUAAAUAGUAAUAAUACCCGUCAAUCGCAACAUAAAGCUUCACACCCUCUCAACAAGAAAUCACACACAUUUGAAACUAGUAGCGAUGAAGAUUAUAGCGAUGAUGACUUUGGUGGAGAUUCAUAUAUUCAUAUUCCAACGGCAACAUCAAAUAAAUCAUCCUCAUCUUCGUCCUCAUCAUCAUCAUCAUCAUCAUCAUCAUCAUCAUCAUCAUCAUCAUCAUCAUCAUCAUCAUCAUCAUCAUCAUCAUCAUCAUCAUCAUCAUCAUCAUCAUUUUUCUCUAAAAAUAAUGGUUCAACAAAUAUAAACAAUACUUUAUUUAAAACUUUACCACCAAAAACAAAUAGUUUACAACCUUUAAAUAAUAGUUAUAGCAAUGGUAAUAACAAUGAUAAUAUUAGCAAUAUUAAUAAUAGCAAUAUUAGCAAUAUUAAUAAUAGCAAUAUUGGCAAUAUUAAUAAUAGCAAUAGCAAUAUUAGCAAUAUUAAUAAUAGCAAUAUUAAUAAUAGCAAUAUUAAUAAUAUAAAUGGUUAUAAUAGUAUGAAUAUAAAUAACAAUAGUAAUGGUUUCAGUAAUUAUAAUGAUAAUAGUAAUACAGCAGGUAGUUUUUUAACAAAUCGUAAUAAUUAUGGUAAUAACGGAAAUGUUAAUACUCAUAAUAGGUUACCACAAUUACCACCAGUUCUCAGUCAUCCAUCACUUCCACCAAUUUCAAAUCGUUAUUCAAACCCAUUACCACCAAAAUUUAAUCAAUAUGACUAUGAAGAUAGCGAUGAAGAAGAAGAAGAAGAAGAAGAAGAUUAUAAAAGUAUCCCAACAAAUAAUAAAGUGCAUUAUCAAUUUAGCGACAAUGAAGAAGAUGAUGAUGGUUUAGGAGACGACGAUAUGAUUUACAUUCCAAAAGAUACCAUAAAACCCAAUAAAUAA